CCCGUCGGCCCGCCCAGCCCGCGGAGCUCCGCCCAGGUCGCGGGCGCCCGAGUUGCCGGGGUCUGCGGGCGACCGGUAGCGAGCGAGCGGGCGAGGGGCAUGGAGCCCCGCGGGGCGGACGGCUGCUUCCUGGGCGACGUGGGUUUCUGGGUGGAGCGCACCCCCGUGCACGAGGCCGCCCAGCGCGGGGAGACCCUGCAGCUGCAGCGGCUGAUCGAGAGCGGCGCGUGUGUCAACCAGGUCACGGUGGACUCCAUCACGCCCCUGCACGCGGCCAGUCUGCAGGGCCAGGCGCAGUGUGUUCAGCUGCUGUUGGCUGCUGGGGCCCAGGUGGAUGCCCGCAACAUCGACGGCAGCACGCCCCUGUGCGAUGCCUGUGCCUCAGGCAGCAUCGAGUGCGUGAAGCUCUUGCUCUCCUAUGGGGCCAAGGUCAACCCACCCCUGUACACAGCAUCCCCGCUGCACGAGGCCUGCAUGAGCGGAAGUUCUGAAUGCGUGAGGCUGCUUAUUGACGUUGGGGCCAACCUAGAAGCACAUGACUGCCAUUUUGGGACCCCUCUUCAUGUUGCCUGUGCCCGGGAGCAUCUGGACUGCGUCAAAGUGCUGCUUAAUGCAGGGGCCAAUGUGAACGCAGCAAAGCUUCACGAGACCGCCCUGCACCACGCAGCCAAGGUGAAGAACGUGGACCUCAUCGAGAUGCUGGUUGAGUUCGGAGGCAACAUCUACGCACGGGACAACCGGGGGAAGAAGCCGUCCGACUACACGUGGAGCAGCAGCGCGCCGGCCAAGUGCCUGGAGUUCUACGAAAAAACACCUCUGACCCUGUCGCAGCUCUGCAGGGUGAGCUUGAGGAGGGCCACUGGCGUCAGAGGACUGGAGAAAAUCACCAAGUUGAACAUCCCUGCCCGGCUCAUCGAUUACCUUUCCUACAACUGAGCCGCAGGCCCCAGGAGGCAGGAGCAGGCGGGGGGCACCCUGGCUGCCAGCCUCGAUGAGCCCAGCGGCGGGGCCACAGGGACCUGCGUUGUGUGCAGCCGCCCGACGGCUAGAGAAAGAACAGUGUUCCCCGAGUCCCUGCCCGCUGGCCUGUUCUGUCUGCUCUGCACACCCCUGGAGGAUAGUUCCGAGGCCCUGGGAAGGCCCUGCCUCAGCUUCCGCAGGGGGCACGGCCCUGUGCUGGCUCCCCUGGAAUUUCGCUCUCACUGCGCCUGGUCCCAGCCAUCCAGCGUCCUCCUUUCACUGACCUUCCUCAGCGGGACUGUCGGGAAGGACUCCUCUGGGAGCACAGGGGAAGGCCAGGCAGGCUGGGGGUCUAGGGCCCUGCUGCCUGGGAGGCCGGGGCACCUGGCACCAUCUCUGAGUCCUUCGGCACUAGAGUGGCCCUGGUGUCCGAAGGGAGGAGCCUGUGCUGCAGAAGUCGGGUCCUUACCACAUGGCCCCGAUCAGCUGCUUUGAUGACAUCCUUCUACUUGGACACUUUUUUCUGGAGCUGUGGUGGCACUUUGCAAGGCCCAGACUGCCGGGGUAGACCUGUCACUCAGGGGGCUUUGCACGGGUCUUGGUCGGGGAAGCCUCAGGUUACUUAUUCCCACACCCAGCACAGUGUUUCUUAGGAGCUUUGCAGCCCUCCGCUCUUAACAAGUUUGUCGGGGAGAAAAUCUUUUAGAGAGUACAUGGCCUGCAGCACUUGGGUUUGGUUGACGAGUCUGCAAGACCGUAGAUAACAGAGGCACGUCCCUGCGUAUUCCGUAUUCCGGAGUAGUUGUUUCCAGCGGGAAGGACCGUUAGGACACCCUUUAGGGAUGUUUGCUCAUCUGUUUCUGCAGUUGCCAGAUUCUCUUCCUACCCUACAGUUUGCUCGCUCCUUGAAGCUCUGAAAUUGGCAGGAGAGGGAGGUUGCCAGGCCCCGUACUAACCACGUGUUCUGCAGAUACUUACGGAACACCGAUGAUGUUUUAGGAGUUGUCCGAGUGCGUUGAGCUGUGUAGGAAUCCGACUCAUUACCCGAGGUGGGGAGAGAAAACGUAUUCAGGUCUGUUCCCGUAGUCAUUGAAACGACGAAGUCUACAGUCUCAGUCACGAGGCGAAGUGUUCAGUAGUAUAGUGACAUUGCAUUUGUGUCAGAUUCUCUAUCCUAAUUUAGAAGCACAAACAAAAACCAGGCAGUUCAACGAGAGGACGUCCGCACGGCUGGCUCAGGUGCAUUUGGUUUCUGAGGGCGUGGGGAGGGCACCCUGCCGGGAGUGGGUGGGAGUGUGUGGGACAGAGUGAGCCCGGACUGGGGAAGCCAGCGGCAACGCACGACUGGGGGCGGCUCUUCUCCCCGACGUUACUUGGUGGGGCCCCAGAUCUGGGGAGAGUUUCACGGUGGCUGCCACGGGCAUUUUCUGUCUCGAAGAUGACAUUGAUGCCAUUGUCACGGUGGUGCCUCGUUGAGUGCUGAGACUGGGUCGCUCCCGUUCCGGUACCAUGUGAGAUCCGAGUUCGGGGUAAAUGGGUGUUUUUGCUGUACUAACAACAACAACAAAGUCACUGGGUUCUGCCCAUCCUUCUGUGAAACAGAAACCGGCCUCUAGCCACGAACGCUGACACGCUUCCCCCCUGGAGCACUGAGUGCAGAAUCGGUCCCGACACUCACCGCUCAAUAAAAAUGGUUUCACAGAGUC